CUUUGAAAUCGUACUUAAUAGUAUUGGGCGUGUGUUUUACAAUUAGGUUUGCCUCAAAGGUUAGCAGUCAUUAUUACGACCACAACAAUCAGAUUUUUUCACGUUAUUUUCGUUACUCUAAUGAUAUAGCACAAUGAAACGCUGGCUAUGCAUAUUCUCUCUCGUAACGUGCCUUGUGUGGCAUGUCACAGGUCAGACAGUCAGUCAGUCUGGCUGUCAAAUUCCACUGGUCAUUCGGGGAACUUGGUUUUCAUGGGAAUCCCAGAAUGUCUUAACAGAAAUAAAUGCCAACACUAUGACUGGACGAGGCAUAUGUGUAAAUAUGAAAGAGGAAUAUCAUGUUAAUUACACAUUCGUAUUUCGAGAUUCUAAUAAUCCAAUCGCCAGCUGUUAUCAUUGCGUAAAACUGCUCGUCAGGACAGUAAACGUCUUGGAGAAGCUCGAAGUGACUUGCGUGAACUUGCCCUACGGGACAGAACCUACCGUGGAGAACGUCUGUAGAGGCUUAAACGCGAACCAGCACUUGAUAACGUUAUUCUCCGAGAAUUACGUGCCUGUGAAUUGCAGAUCUUCCCUGGAAGGAGUCUGGCAAUUUGCUUAUCAAAAUCGCUUUAGAUUUACCGGAGAAUGCAAUCAUCCGGACGCACAAAUAAGGUCUUGCCAGACUGCGGGAACCCAGUUUCUCAUAACCAAUCAGAAAUUCAAUAUCACUUACAAGCAAUGUUCUGGAAUGGAAAACACCUUUGACGGAUUGGUAGAAUACAGUUGCUUGGGCGAUUGGUUCGUCGACAAGAAUCACUUCUUCGCGGUGGCAAACACGAAGGAGUCGCGGAAGGACGAGAAGUACAGAUGCUUCUUGAAGAAUCGCGACGACGACUUGUACAUCGGCGUUUCGAUCACUGCCGAAUGCAAUACGCUCAAGACCGUCGAGCAGAGCCCCGAACGUUUGCGGAUCACGCCGGUCAAGGCCGAGGUAGUCGAGCCCGGUUGCCGUUUGCCCGAGGACAUGUCCGGGAAUUGGAUAAACACCGCUAACAUCGACGCGGACAUCUUCAUUAACGAGACGCACAUCAUCGAGACCUGGUAUCCGGACGUGGGGCGUUACCGACGAACGAUCUACGUUUGCCGCGAGCAGAGGGACUCGAGAGUAAUGAUGGCGAGAUUGACCGUUGAUGGAUGCCAAAAAGACUACGUUUGUUUCGAUUUCGUGCGGCGACAUCACAAUAUCAUCCGAUACAGACGUGGGGUGGCUGUGAUAAAAGACAAUUUCCAUACGGUGUGUUCCUGGGUCCAGUUUCCCAACAAGGAAGCGUGGAAAUACGACCUGUUCUUAACGAAAAAUCCCGUACCCGUACGCUGUCCGAUAGCGGGCAAAUUUAUGUUUCACCAAAAGGGAGACGUCCUGUUCGAGACUAGGAUCCUAGGCGGCGUCACUAAAUCGCCGCGACCAAAUAUUUACUGCAAACAGAACAUAUCCGACCUCUCGGUUUGCAGUACCGAUCAGAAGGAGAUCGCCAUCGACGAGACGUACUGCUUGUCCGUGGAUCAUUUGGGAAAACCGGUUGACAUUUACAGCGAUCCGGAUUACAUAAUGAAAUGCAUCGGAUAUUGGAAGGAGAAUUUAAAGUCGUAUCUGAUAACGUACGACGAAUUGGAUCCCUUCAGCAAGUAUCGCUGCUGGGUGUAUCAGAGGGCCGAUUUGAACAGGGUGCUCCUGUCCCAGGCGAUCGGCCCGUUUUGCGAUCUCAAGCAAGACGUGACGAGUCAAAAUUAUACGGAGGGCGCGGCAGUUGCGCUGGAGUUACAGGAAUACGAGCGAGAACGCGAUCAGUGCCCGAUGCACUUUGACGAUGGAAGCAAUCCCUGGGAGCAGACGGAGAACUACGUCAAUAUCUUCCACUUUGGUAACGGCGGCAAUACGAACAGCCGCUUCUCGCUCUUGCUUGUCGUGCCGUUAGUAGCAAUGCUGUAUUUUAAAGACGCGUAAAUUAGUUCUUUUGCACAGGAAAGAACGAAAUCGUUCAGUAAUUCUGUAAAGAUUUAAGAAAUAUUACGCACACGUACGCGCCUGUGAGCGAUUCUCACAACUGUUUGCAUCUCGAUAGCAUCGUACAUACAUACACAAUCCGUCCAUAUUGUGAUUCUGUGCUUAUGACGUGCCUUGUGACCUCUGUUCACAUUUGAUUUUACGUACACGUGGGCGACGCAUAAUACGAGAUGUCUCAACGUAUCGAAAGUCAGUCCGUCCAAAAAUUACGAAGAAUCUCUUGCUUAAAGCGAAUGCAUUUAUCGCAUUCAUUUCAUUACAUGUGUACUUGAAAUCGAAACAUUUAGGGAGAGACUUUAAUUCCAGAGUUAUUAAUAUUUCAAAUAUUUUUUUUUUAAAUAUUUGAUUACCUUUAUUUUAAAUUUUUAUACUGCCUAAUAGAACAAUAUACUUUGAAAAUAAGUAUAAGAAUGAAUAACAUUAAACAUAAAAAAAUUAUAUUUUAAAUGCUUUAAUUAUAUUUAGAUUUUAGGAGUAGAAUGCACUCAACAAUUUGAUUAAAUGUAUGACUUUAAAGAGUAUUUUAUACGACUUAUACAAUAAGUACAAUUUCUUGUAAUAUUUUAUUAUAUUAAUAACUUUUAUAUUUAUCGUA